AUGGAGCUGUACCUGGACCUCUGCUCUCAGCCCUGCAGGUCUGUGUUCCUCAUGGCCAAAGCCCUCAACAUCCCCUUUGAGUUUAAACAUGUGGACCUGGCUGCAGGACAACAUUACAGCGAAGAGUUCGGGAAAAUCAGCACGAUGAGGAAAGUCCCCGUAAUGAAAGAUGGAGAUUUUAUUCUCACUGAGAGCACUGCCAUACUGGAAUACAUGGUGCAUAAAAAUGGCGGCCCAGAUCACUGGUUUCCCUCCAAUCUUCAGUCCAGAGCAAGAAUCAAUGAAUAUCUGUCCUGGCAACACACCUCACUGCGCUCCACCUGCUCCAAGGUUUUCCUGCUCCGGACGGUGUUUCCCAUGAUGAUGGGCUGUGAGGCACCGCCUGAGAAGAUGGACCCUGCGGUGCAGGACAUGAAUGACUCUCUGUCUCUGCUGGAAAACUACUUUCUCCAAAACAAAGCGUUCAUCUGUGGAGAGAAGAUCUCUGUGGCUGACGUGGUGGCGAUCGCUGAGAUCAUGCAGCCUGUCGCAACAGGAGUGGACGUGUUUGUGGGACGUCCCAAGCUUAGCACCUGGAGAGACCGUGUCAAAGUACAGCUCGGGGAGCAACUGUUCAAAGAGGCAAAUGAGGUCAUCAUGAAGAUCAACGAUUUGCCUCAGACCAUCGAUAAAAAAGCUCUGGAGAUGAUGAAGCCCAAGUUUCAGAAGAUGUUCAGCUAA